GUUAAAUCAGAAAUGCGCGGGGGAGGGUUCAGAAGUUCAUGGCUUCCCAACGAACUCCUUGCUUUGUCUGAUCGAUCAACCUGUUCAGAAAGAAAUGUUUAUCAGAAACCCUAUACGAAUUUCUUAAGAGAGAAAGCGAAAUUAAUUUGUGAGAAACUAAAAAAUGGGUGGUUUAUUGUCGCUGACCAAAGGGCCUCCACCGCCUAUGGUGUUGGUUCCGCCGCUCUUCGAUUUCCCUCCGCUUGCUGCUCGUACAAGGAUGUUGGAGCCAUCAUAUAAUCUGCUAUUUGGAAAGCUUGCCUUAAAAAGCCUCUUUGAAGAUUACUUUGAUGCAGCAAAUCAUUUUAGUACUAUAUUUAUGUUGAAGCCAGUUGAUGAUCGUCAUGUCGAUUUAGUAGCAACUGUUUCAGGUCCUCUUGAUAACAAGCCUGAUGAUCCAAUUGUUGGUAAUGCACUAUUUCGUUGGCAAAGUGAUGUUGAUGAUCCUCACACCUUCACAGAUCUAUAUGUAUCAAGUUCUGAUCCGAUUUUACUCAUGAGAGCAUGUGCAUACUACCCGAAAUAUGGUUUUGGAGCAUUUGGCAUUUUUCCAGUGCUUAAAAAGCAGAGAGUAUCUCCAGAAGACUAUGGAACAAUGGGUUUGAGAUAUGGCUCAUCAAGGUUAUCAUUUGGAGCCACACUUUUGCCAUAUUCAUUGGGAGAUGAUGUCCCGAAAUCUGCAUGGCUGGUGAGCAAGAUAGGGAGAUUAACUGCUGGGGUGCAAUAUGAUCCUCAAUUUGAAAAGAAGGAUGGUGCAAAGUAUAAAAAUUUGAAGAAUUGGAAUUGUGCAAUAGGAUAUGGACUUGGAUCAGGCAGCCCAUUGAGUCCUUCAUUUAAUUUUGGUCUUGAAUAUGCUCAAAAUUCCCAGUUCAUAGCCUCUUUCUAUCAGCAUGUGGUGGUCCAACGAAGGGUGAAGAAUCCACUUGAAGAGAAUGAAAUAAUUGGAAUCACUAAUUACAUAGACUUUGGAUUCGAGUUGCAAACAAGGGUGGAUGAUCAAAAGUCAUCAAACAAUUCCACCUUUAAUAUUGCUGCAUCUUGGCAAGCCAAUAAAAACAUUUUGCUCAAGGGAAAAGUGGGCCCUCUUUGUUCAUCUCUGUCUUUAGCUUUUAAGUCAUGGUGGAAACCUGCAUUCAGUUUCAAUGUCACAGCUACGCGAGAUCGAACUAUAGGAAAGACAUGUUUUGGAGUUGGUCUUCGUGUGGAUAAUGUAAGAGAAGCAAGUUACCAAAGAGCGGAUCCGAAUUAUGUAAUGCUGACACCCAAUAAAGAACAUUUAGCGGAUGGAAUCCAGUGGAAAUCCGGGAUGAGACCCAUGUUGCAAUCCGAUGUCAAUUCCGGCAACUUUGAUAGCCUCCCCAGGGAACUCAGACCCUAUGGUAGAAUGUUUUGAUCUUCUUUUUCUUCAACCCUCUAUACUCUAUACUUAUUUAUUUCGUUUUCGGUUUCUUUCACUUUUUCCUUUAAAAUAAUUCGACUUUUUCUUAAGUAGCUCAUCAAAGUGUUUUGUUUGCU